GCCAUGUCUGCCAUGCCUGGGGGUGCCGAUGGCCAGGAGGAGGCACUCUACGAGGAGUACCGGCCCCCCGCCCUGGAUGCCGUACGGCUGCCCCGGCCUGUACUCUACCUGCUGCUGGCCGCCACGCUUGUGCUGGCUGUCGCCUACGCAAUUGUCGGCCACUUGCUCAAGGACCUGGCGCACGACCUGGCGGACUGGGCAUUUGGCCCGAAGCCAGAGCCAGGGGCGGCCCCCCGGGAGCUGCAGCCCAGCCUGGACGGAGAGGACCUGGAGGAGCUGGACCUCGAGCUGACGCUGCCAGAGGAGGACCCCCCCGCGGCCGGACACGGGGACCCCUGGCCCCCCCGCAACCCCCACCGCCCCUCCAUCAGCUUCCAGCCCCUCCAGGCUCCCGGCUCCCUCUGGAAGCUGCGCUGA